UGCGUUUAAAUUUUAAUUUUUAUUGCAGAUUUUUUGAUAUCUCUUAGUUUUUUCUACCAUUUGUAUACACACUUACUUACAGACAGAUGCACACAAAUAAAAAUAUAUUUGUACACAUUAUUAAGGCGCUCUCUUGUCCUGUUUGUUGCGCUUUGGUUUACAUUUGUAGCCAACAACAACACCAAAAAGCCAAGAAGUCACCACCACCACCACCACCGUGUCGUUUGGUAGCCCCAAUAUAUUAAGCAAAUGGGUACCCAACAUUGGGUUUUGGCUAAAUACAUAUGUACGCAUGAGCGUAAUCGCCUGCGUGCACUCACAUCAAUGUAUAUAAAUGCAGCGCUAUAAAAUAUAUAUAUAUGCACAUAUGUAAGCUUGACAAUUUCUAUGUGUUAGUGCAUGCCGUAAGUUGGAUGUUUGUGUGCGCCCAGAACGCCAGUUGGGCUCUCUCGCCGACUUGCUGAUAGGAAAUUGGGCAACACAACAUAAGGGCGCGCUGCCACAACGGUGAGUUAGUGUCAUGUCAGAGCUGUUGUGUGAAAGGUGUAUAGUCUUCGUUAUUAUUGUCCUUAAAUCGUGCAACUGAGCGUCUCCGUUGGAUUUGUUAUAUCAAAAAGGGCAGUGCAACAACAAAUUAGAAACAAAAAAAUCCAAUAAAGUAAAAUAACAGCAAACUAAAAAAAACUAAUGCAAAACAAUAAAAAACGCACUUCUUUUAACUUCUGUUACGUUUUCAUUGCUGUGGUGCACCCGAAAUUCGUAAAGGAAAUCAAAAAAGAACAAAAAAAAGAAAAGAACUAACAUCAUGAACCCGAGAAACAGCGAAGAGCGCUCAUAAUACGUGAAAAGGCAUUAGAUUGAAGCAUAUCUAUGUGUAUAUGACAAACAAACGAGCAAACAUACAUUCAUACAAAAAUAUAUGUAUGCACUCAAUCAAACAAAUAAUUUUCAUACAUAUGUAAAUACAUACAUACAUAUGUAUACUUAAAAACAUAGAAAGACAAUGCGAAGUCAGUUUUCGGCGACACAGUGGAGAUUUGGAAAAUUAUAAACAUAACAACAACAAUAACGGCAAAAGACCAGCACAAAUCGACUGAACUCUUCCAAAGUACUAUAUGUAAAAUCAUACAAAAACAACAAAAACGACUUAAAAAUAAAAUUUUAAAUAAAUUAAUAAUUAAAUAUAUAAUAAACGAAUACUCGUGGCCCUUGCAAGCAACAAAAACAAAAAAAAUUCUUAGUGUUAAAAAUCCAAUUGGGAGUCGUUUAGCCCAGCAUAGACUGAAUACAACCCUAAAAGUAUUCAUAAAUCAAAAACAGAAAAAAAUCAAAUUUAAGAGAAAAUAACAUAAAAGAGAAGCGUAAGAGAUUGUGUACAACUUAUAAAAACAUUGUACAAUUUAUAAAAACAAGAAAAAACUAAUACAUAGAAUAUUUGGGGAGUGAAAACAAAAAUCCCAGCACCUUUAUAUAUGCAAAGCAAGUAUAUUCGUAUUCAUUAGAAGAAUAGAAACAGCACGGAGAAGAAGAAGAAGCUGAACAAGACGGCGUAACGCAACACAACCAAUAGUCAGAACGUUGUAUAAGGGAAACGGAAAAGACCCCAUACAUAAGUUGGUCGGCCCUUCCUUCGCUUACGAAAACACUGACAGCAGUGACGACGACGCCGAUACAACACCAACAACUGCAUACGCAUACAAAUAUUCAAACGCAAACUUGUAUGCCUGUGCCAAGAAACUGUGCGAAGUUAAUUGUUGGAGUGGUGGACGUGUGUUCGAUUGACCGCGAAAUUUUACUCGCCGUAUUAAGCACGAUUUUAUGAUGGAACUCAUAUCGGGAAAUUCCUCCAGCGUACAACAACAAAUGGCAGCCGGUAAUAACCCACCGAACGGUAGCAAUGGCCAAAUUCCAAAUGGCACUGCAGAACGUUUGCUAGCCGAUUUUUUCGAUACCUUUCCAUCAUGGGAUAUGACCGCUGCUCGUGCUGCCCCUCCGCCAUUGAUGCAGCCGUUAAGUAAUGAAAUUUCGACUCCUAACAACGACGCCAUCUUUAAUAACUACUUUGGUGCUAUAGAACAGCCAUCAGGUGAUUUGGGUAAUAUUGGGAUGCCCAGACCGCCUAUAAAUCGGCCUAAAAAAUUCCCAUCUGAGUCGUCGAGCAAUUCGAGUAUGAAUUGCGGUUGGUGUGAAGUAAGUGCUUCCAUACGUUGUAUUGAAUGUAAUGAGUUUAUGUGCAAUAAUUGUCUACAGGAACAUCGCAAGAGUCCUGUAUUCGCGAAUCAUGCAAUCGUGUCGUUGCCUGCACCGAUCGGUACAGCCACCUCACCCACUGGUGGAGUCUCUAGUGCAACAUUAACAGCUGUAACACCAGCAGCACCACCGUUAGCACCACCACCAUCGCCCAGCUACAUUUGUGAUCUACACAAUGAGAUGAUGCGUUACGUUUGCGAUUCGUGCAAAAAGUUAGUCUGUCAAUGUUGUACGCUGCACGAACACAAGGAGCACAAUUACGCUUCCAUAGCGAGUUUCGUCGAUGAAGCCAACGACAAGAUACAAUCGGCCAUUGAAAGUAGCCGUACGGGCACCAAGUGCAUUAAGAGUAGUAUUGAUAAGGCAUUGACAUUUAUACGAAUGAUUGAGCGCAAUUGCAUCGAACUGAGUGACACGAUACGGAAAGCCUUUCGACAAUUCAUAAUUGCCAUCGAGGAUCGCGAACGUUUCCUAUUGGAUUUUGUUGAUAAAUUGCGUCAACGUCGCCUGGCCACACUACACGAUCAAAUGGCCGGCUUGAAAUCGGCACUUUCCGGACUUGCUGAAACUUCCGAUAUGUUGCAAAAAAUAUGCGAGAAUAGCGGACGCAUGGAUCACAUUGAGAUUGCGAUGAAGGUCUCAAAUGGAGAGCGACAACUCGAACAAUUCGCUGCCAUAUAUAAAGAUUUACAGCCAAAGCAAGAGAUGUUCGGUUUCAUUUCGCCGGACUAUAAUAUAUUGCAAGAUAUACGCAGUCAAGGAGGAAUUGUGCUGGUGGACGAACAAAAUAUGCCAAUAGUAAACGGUGGUGGCGUACUAGCCGCUGUAGGUGCCGAAAUGGGUGCCGUUAUGCCGAUAGCCAAUCCUAAUAUGCCUGUUGCCAACGUAGCGAUGCCACCGAAUAUGCGUCGCCCGUUCAUCCGUGAGAAUAGCUUCCAUAGUAUUCCAUCACCAUUGUUGCCAGUACGUGGUGGUAGUGCAUGUGGUUUUCAGAGUACCGGACUCGAAUGGGAACUCAGCGUAUUACGCACUUCGCCAAAUCUGCAUUUUGGUGCACCGCGCAGCACACAGGCCAUACCCGGUUCUCUAGAGCAUGUAAAGGCACGUAAUUCGAAUGCACUAUCGCUAUCUUUCGCCACAGAGGGCCAUGACGAUGGACAGGUUAGCCGCCCGUGGGGUCUGUGUGUUGAUAAGAUGGGUCAUGUUUUGAUCUCAGAUAGACGCAAUAAUCGUGUGCAAGUUUUUAAUCCGGAUGGCACUUUGAAGUUCAAAUUCGGUCGCAAAGGUGUUGGCAAUGGCGAAUUUGACUUGCCGGCUGGCAUUUGUGUCGACAUAGAUAAUCGUAUUAUUGUUGUCGACAAGGAUAAUCAUCGUGUGCAGAUUUUCAAUGCGGCUGGCAUGUAUUUGUUGAAAUUCGGUAGCUAUGGCAAAGAGUAUGGACAAUUCCAAUAUCCGUGGGAUGUGGCUGUAAAUUCGCGUCGUCAGAUCGUUGUCACCGAUUCGCGUAAUCAUCGUAUACAACAGUUCGACUCGGAGGGCCGUUUCAUACGACAAAUCGUAUUCGACAAUCACGGUCAGAAUAAGGGCAUUGCUUCACCGCGUGGUGUAUGUUAUACACCAACUGGCAAUAUUAUAGUAUCGGACUUUGACAAUCACUGUCUAUACCUGAUCGAUCCAGAUAUUAAUGAGAUCUUGUCUGCUAAAGGCCAUGAGGGUACUGGCAUCCAAGAAUUUAAUCGCCCUUCUGGUAUUUGCUGUGAUGACGACGGACGUAUUAUCGUUGCCGAUUCAAAGAAUCAACGUAUAAUCGUUUACAGUCCUAGCUUGGAAUAUCUCUGGAGUAUUGAGAUACGUCCAUCAGUUAAUCCAUUGAUGCCACAAACUCUCGACGAGAAGGAUCGCACAUGUGAUGUGGCACUAAUGCCCGAUGGCCGCAUCGUUUUCCUUAUCGAAUUAUCGCCAGAUUCCAAAGAAGGCACAAAUCCUUAUAAAAGAUUUGUACACGUUUUUUAAUUAUAGUUGAAAACCGAAAAUUUUAUUUUUACAAUUGUAUGCAAUGCAUAUCAAUUAACAAUUGUACGUAAGUUUAUAUGAAAUUUGAAUUAUUUUAUUUUGUGUUAUACACUUUUUUGUUUUGUUUAAUAUUGUAAUUAACUGUAAUCAAGUGCAUGUGUUUGUGUGGUACUUUGGUUAUACUUUUUAAAGAAGACUGACUGCCAAAGCGACUAAGACAUGAAAUUAUAAACACGCCACUAAUACCAAUCUCGACAGUGUUUUAUGUGAAAAUUCACUUGAUUGUGUUCAUUAGAAUUUAAAAGUAACAAAAAUUAGUAAAAAUAUUUAGUCUGUAAGUGCGCAUAAAAUAUUAUAUAUGUAUAUUGAAAAUUUAUAAAUACUAUUAAAAGAGUAUAAAUUAUAUUUAAAAGAUUUAACAAACUGUAUUCAUACAAACAUACAUAUAACAUAUAUAUGAUACAUAUAUACAUAUAUAUAUAUAAAGUUUAGCAAAUUUGCAUGUUGAUAAAUAUCACAUACACAUGUAUGUAGAUAUAUACGCGUAUGUUUGACAAAAAACGCAAUUCUAUAUUAUAUACCUACAUACGAGUGUAAUUACAUAUGUAUAUAGUAACAUAUACAUACUUACAAUAUGGUUAAUGAGAUUUCAAACUUGUGCCAGCAUACAUACAUACCAUAUGUACAUCUAUAAAAAGUUCACUAUGCAAAGUAUGCAAAAAUAUUUAUGAAUAUAGAAAAAUGACAAAAAAAAACACAUCAUAAAACUUCUUGAGUAACAAGCCAAAACUUAUUGUUCCUCGAUCGAUCCAAAAAAAAGUGAAACAAUUAAAAAAAAUUGAUGUGAAGCAAAGCGAAAAUUUUGAAAUUAUUACUAUAGUAUUAAUGAUAAAAAGAAAAUCUUUAGCGAAAAUAUAGUUGUAAUGCAUAUAUACAUAUAUAAAAUAUAACAUCUAAUCGAUACGUACAUACACACAAGCAUAUAGUUGUAAGUUAGCGAAUUUCAAGCAUAAAUUAACGAUUAACUGUACCUAUUGGUUAGUAGGCCAAUGAAAACGAGAACGCGAGCGUAAUGAGAACGAGCGAAAGUAAAAAAUACAAAAAACAAUUUGAAAAAAUUUAAAUACAGUAAAACUUACAUAAUUUGUAAUUGUCUGCGGCUGCUGUUCACACCACCAAAAGUCCUUCCAAAGUCAAAAAAACAAAAAAAAAAAUCAGCAUUAAAUGCAGUAAAAUUCCAUUUACUCACACCUCGAACGCAAACUAACCACUUGCCAGGCGGGUGUCGCCGUGCGAAAAUUGUUUUACAAAAAAUUGAUACUCUAAAAGCAACCAAAACAAAAAAAAAAAAAAAAACAACGUACAAUUUUAUAUUUGCAAAAGCGUAUAUUUAUUAUUUUUAUAAGUACAUAUGUAAGCGUGUAUAUGUAUAAAGUUUUUCUUUGUCCUUUUCUAAGCAGUUACGCGACAUUAAACAACUCCGCAUGCAAACAAAGCAAAGACAACAAAUGAAAAACGAAUAUGUAUGAAAUUGUGUUAAACAUUAAGAAUGUGAUCGAAAUUUCAGCAUGUUCUUUGAAAGACUUUAAAUUAGAUGCUAAAACAACAAUUACAAAUUAAAUAAUAUAGUAAAUUUAAAAUAUAUGUAUGUAUAUAGACUAGUUUUUGUGAUCCCUGGUAGUAACCAGAUGGAAUUCCACAUUUUGUAAAACACGAAUGAAAAACCAAUUACCAACAACAAUUAUAAACACAGCAGAUAGCAAUAAAAGAAAAUAAUAUGCAUGCAAGGAAACAAAAAAAAACAAAAAAUAAUUAAUACAGUUGCAUACAAAAUAUUAUUGGCAAACAAGAACAAACAUGUUAAGCAAACGCCAUUGAAAUGAGAUUUUGAGACUGUUGAGUGCAUAUGUCAUAUUCAUUAAGAUGAAGAAGAAAAAUGCAUGUUUAGUAAGGAAAAUAAUUAACCAAAGGCGCAAAAUUACUAAAGUAAUUUUAUUGCUAAAUUUUUGGUAUAAAAAUAUUAAACAGCAAAAGUUAAAUAGACCUAAGCAGCAGCAGCAAUUAAGUCGCGUAUUUGUAGGUUAUGUAUAUGCAAUUAAAAAAGUUUGAUUUUCCAAAAAAAAAAUGCUUAAAUGUUAUGCAACAACAAGCUAUUUAAGUACAAGUAGUUAUAUAAAUAAAUGCAAAAAUUCAAAGUAAAAUGAUCUCAAAUUUAAAAUUAACUGUAGCAAAACAAGAAAAAAAGGAGUGAGUUGGUAGAAUUAUUUUAAAAUAAUUUACUGGGCAUAAAAUUGCAGUGUAAUAUUUUAUAUAAUUAUGCUUUUAUAUUUUAAAAUAAUGUAAAAAAUAUAUUUUAAAAAAAUAUUACCAACUUGCUCAUUAAAUAUAGAAAUAAUUUUUAUAAUUACAUUCGGUUUAACUGCUUUUCAUUGCAAAGAACUGAUGACUUUGAUUUCAUAGAAUUCCUAUAUUGUUAUUUUUAAUAAUUAAAAAUAUUAAUUUAAAAAAGACUGCCAUACCGAAAAACACAGUUUACAGUAUACAAAAAAAGAGCCAUUUUAAAUUGUUAUUAAACAAAAAAAAUAUAUAUUUUACAUUUUAGUUUCUGUUUUUUCAUUUAAUUAUAUUUAAAAAAAAAGUUGCAGCCAUAGGCUUUUAAUCAAAAUAUUAGUUAAAAAUAUAUUUUCAAUAAAAAAACGACAACAGAUUUUACAACAUACUUUUCUUUACUGCUAGUUUAACAUAUUGGCAGCACUGUUUGUAUAUGUAAUGAUUAAAUUUGUAUAAUUUAAAUUUUUGUACACUGAUACAUUCAUACAUACCUACUAAAUUUACAACUAAUGCAAAUAUAUUUUUAAAAAAAUAUUUACUAUUAUAUUUAUUGAACAAAAAUACAUAAAAAUGUAAAAGUAAUUUAUCUACGCAUAAAAUGUUUUAUAAAACGUUAAAUUACAUGUAAAGAAAUGCAUAUACAUAUAUAUAUGUAAUUUUGACUUUUGUCAUUAUAUUGUGUAAACGCGAAACCAUUCUGUUAGUACAAAUUGUAGUUUUGGGUAACUCGUACACGGUAUUUUACUCUAAAUCAAUUUCGUUGUAUGUAGUAAAAUUUAUUUUGCCAAUUAUAUAUGUAUGUAUUGUGAAAGCAAAAAUUAGUUUUUCCAUCAAGAAGCUGAAACUAUUUGAAAGCGAACAAAAAAUAAUAAUGAAAA